UAAAGCACUUGCUAAAAAAUUGGAUUGCUAUAUUUCUAGGGAUUUUGGUGGAUCAGGAUAUCCCGCAGUAAAAGAACUUGGAAUUGAUGUGAUAAAUUCUGGUAAAAAAGUAAUGGUAAGGGGGUGGAUACGUAGUGAAAAAAUUUCCAUUCCCAUUCCGGAUAUCUUCAAAUUAGAAUCACAAAAAACUCCUUUACCUAAAUGUUUAGGCGAAUCUUUUGAGCAUUUUUUAGUUCUUAAUAAGCCAAAAUGCAAAUUAGUUUUAGGUGAAAGAUGGUUAGAUCGAUUAAUGGAUAGAAUCAGAGAACAUAUAUACCCAGAACCAGAAAAUUUUAAGUAUUAUCGUAUGUAUCGUUCCAUGGAAUAUUAUUAUAAAAUGUAUAAUCAAUGGUAUAAAAAAGAGAAACGUACUCUUUCUUUACAAAAAUUUUAUAAGCUAUUAUUUCCGGAUUAUACAUUUGAUUUUAAGGCUCCAACUGACCUGAGUGAAUAUUAUGAUUCAGAAUAUUCUGAAACAGAAUCUGAAUCUAGCGAUUCUGGGAUAGAGUUUGAAUUUAGCGAUUCUGAAGCAGAGAAUGUACCUUUCCCAGUUAUAAGUUGA